CUGAGCCAAGACCUGCUCUUAUUCCUGUCCACCUUCUCACCCAAGCGGCUUCAUCACUUCAACGCUGGAGAUUCAGGUUCUCCUGCUCGUGAACACUCAGGCAGCCAACAGCGGGAGCUGGCCGACACGAUGAGGAGGACCGACUACCUGCCAGUCGCUGGCGAGGAGAAGAACCCGGGUGCGGACUUCGUCAACACCGACGGCAGGAACAACGAGUCCAUCCCCAUGAAAAAUAUGUACGCGGAUGAGGGCUCCCCUCUGUAUCCACGGCUGGGCCCAUCCUUCACUGAUGGCCGACGGCGGGUGGACUACGUGCUGGCGUACCAGAUCCAGAAGCCCAACAGCAUCCGGCGCCAGUCCUCCAAGUUCAGCGACAACAACUUCAUCCGGCGUCUUCGGCGCAGCAUGAGCAUGAGGAGCAGCCGCGCCCCGCUGCAGCCCAAAGAGGACCCGGAGAUCGCCGCCCAGAAGCAACGGACAGACUACCACGAGGAUGACAAGCGCUUUAGGCGGGAGGAGUUCGAGGAGAACCUCCUGGAGACGGGGCUGGAGCUGGAAAAGGACGAAGCGAGCAAGAUCCCUGGAAUCGGCUUUCUGAAGAUCCACGCUCCCUGGGACGUUCUGUGUCGAGAGGCUGAGUUCAUGAAGCUCAAGAUGCCGACAAAGAAGGUUUACGAGGUAAAACAAGGCAGUAAUCUGGUGGAGAAGAUCCGACUGUUCAUUCACAAAGUCACAACUCCUCUCCACCCAAAAGUGAACGCCAACCGGCCACAAAGCGUCAAAUCCCUCUCUCACCCCUUCUCCAGGGAGAAGCAGCAUCUAUUUGAUCUUUCUGACAGAGACCAGUUCUUCGACAGCAAGACCAGGAACUCAAUAGUCUACGAGGUACUGAAGAGGACGCGAUGCACCAGGGCCAAAUACUCCAUGGGGAUCACCAGUCUGCUCGCCAACAGCGUCUACACGUCUGCUUAUUCACUGCACGAUGGAGACAUCGAGGGGGUGAACGCAGAACCCAACGACAGGAAGCUGCUGUACGAGCAGUGGGCCAGCUACAGCGUCUUCUACAAGUACCAGCCCAUUGGACUCAUCAGGAAGUACUUUGGGGAGAAGGUUGGACUAUAUUUUGCCUGGUUAGGAGUCUACACACAGAUGCUGAUCCCCGCAGCCAUCGUUGGAGUCAUCGUAUUCCUCUACGGAUGUGCCACUGUCGAUGAUAACAUACCGAGUAUGGAGAUCUGUGAUCCCAGGAACAACAUCACCAUGUGUCCGCUGUGCGACCGCGCCUGCAGCUACUGGAAGCUGGUGACGGCGUGCGGGACGGCGCGAGCCAGCCACCUGUUUGACAACCCGGCCACCGUCUUCUUCUCCAUCUUUAUGGCUCUCUGGGCCGUUCUCUUCAUGGAACACUGGAAGCGGCGACAGAUGCGACUCAACUACAUCUGGGACCUGACAGGCUUCGGAGAGGAGGAGGAGUGUGUUUUACAGGAGGAGCAUAAGGACCACAACCGAGCGGAGUACGAGUUCCGGGUCAUGCAAAAGACAAUGAGACAGGAGCAUUCCACCCCGAAGGGCGAGAAGGUGAAGCUGACCUGUACUGACCGAAUGCCAGCUUACCUGACCAACGUGGUGAUGAUGAUCUUCAUGAUCCUUGUGACGUUUGCCAUAGUCUUCGGGGUCAUUCUGUACCGGAUUAGCAUCAAGGCGGCCCUGCACAUGAGCAACUACCCUGUAGCGAGGUCCAACAUCAGAGCCACGGUCAAGACCACCGCUGCCAUCAUCAAUCUCAUCGUCAUCAUCAUCAUGGAUGAAAUCUACGGUGCCAUCGCCCGCUGGCUCAACACACUGGAGGUUCCAAAGACAGACAAGAGCUACGAAGAGCGCCUCAUCUUCAAAACCUUCGUCCUGAAGUUCGUCAAUGCAUUCACACCCAUCGUCUAUUUGGCCUUUUUCAGGGGCAGGCUUGUCGGGCGGCCCGGAAACUACCUGUACGUCGUUGGAUCGUACCGAAUGGAAGAGUGUGCCCAUGCCGGCUGCCUCAUGGAGCUGUGUAUCCAGUUGUGCAUCACUAUGCUGGGCAAGCAGCUCAUCCAGAACAACCUGUUUGAGAUUGGCAUACCGAAGCUGAAGAAACUGCUUCGGAGGAGGAAAUCGGAUAUGGAGGAGGAGGUGAACAAAUCGCUGCAGCGCCACGAGAAAGACCACAUCCUGGGUCCUUUCAUUGGUCUCAGCCCCGAGUACAUGGAGAUGAUCAUCCAGUUCGGGAUGGUGACUCUUUUCGUGGCUUCCUUCCCUCUGGCUCCGCUCUUCGCUCUUCUGAAUAACAUCAUCGAGAUUCGCCUCGACGCCAAGAAGUUUGUGACGGAGCUGCGCCGGCCGAUCGCAGCUAAAGCCAAAGACAUUGGCAUCUGGUACAACCUCCUGAGAGGCCUCAGCAAGGUAGCGGUCAUCGUCAAUGCCUUCGUCAUCUCCUUCACCUCAGACUUCAUCCCAAGGCUGGUCUACCAGUACAUGUACAGCCUGGACGGCACCAUGCACGGCUUCGUCAAUCACACUCUGUCUUACUUCAACGUCACUGACUUCCAGCAGGGCACCGACCCUCUGGAGCCGACGCACCUGGGCUACAAGGUAGACGUCUGCAGGUAUAAGGACUACAGAGAGCCCCCCUCGUCCGGCACACCCUAUGAACUGUCGAAGGAGUUCUGGGCCAUCCUGGCCGCCCGCCUGGCCUUCGUUGUUGUCUUUCAGAACGUGGUGAUGCUGAUGAGCGACUUUGUGGACUGGUUAAUCCCGGACAUCCCCAAGGACAUCAGCCUCCAGAUCCACAAGGAGAAGAUCCUCAUGGUGGAGCUCUUCAUGCAGGAGGAGCAUGGCAAAAGGCUCGCGGCGCGCGACAACCACAACCAGGACAACUGCACCACCCCUUCGUCGGCCAAUCGAAGCCCGGCGCAGCCCCACUGGCGACCCCCCACGCACGCCAAGAACGCCGUGUUCUGGGAGAACAAGCGCAAAGAGCAAGAGGCCGACGCGGCGGCCGUGUACAACAUGUAGCACAAGCUACUCAGCUGCCCGGCUGGCAAAAGGUUCACAUCGCUAUCCAUUAGCGAGCGAUCAAGUUCUUAAUAAUCGGCAACGCUUUUGCUGCAUUCGUAGUGUGGAAAUAUUUGGAGGCAUUAGAUGAACGUCGCUGUGUUCACGUUAGAAUCUCUACGAAUUAAAAACUGGUUGUUUGCUUUCUUUCACCAUUUUCACCCCAUAAAAAUCCAGCGACUAUACUAAGAUGUAUGAUGAUCACCACGCAUUAUUUAUUGGAUGUACUGUUUUAGAGGGGAAAAAAGCCAUUAGUUUCACCUGACAUGGGGAAAACUUGUCAAUGCCAUCGUUGUUCGAGAUGUCUAAAGAAACAGCGCCAAACACCACCUGCAACCUAAUAUUGAAUAGUAUAAUCUUUAUUAUACCUGCCACCUCUCCCACGGGACAGGAAUGCAGCUUUCGUAUUGAAGACAGCCUCCGUCCAAAUGGUCCCGCUGAGAAGAAUUACCUCCUGGUACCGGUGAGACACGACUCAGGAGGAGGACCUCUCUCCAGCCAUAAAAGCUCAGAAGCCUUCUUUUACUUCUUUUUUUUGCACAAUUAUAUAGAAACGCAAGAAUUUAUUGAUGUACUUUUUUAAAUACGCAACGUGGUCGCCGGCUUGUUGGGACGAACGGCAGCGAUCUGGAAGACCUGCUGUGUCGAGCGGCCUGUUGAUUUUUACUACUCUCUUGUUCACGAGCGCCACUUGGCUUGUUGUUACAUUUGUUACAUUCGUGAGUGUGAACAAACUGCCUAAGAAUGCUCAGUGGCAUUAAUGCCCAGAAGCACAAGUCACAUUAUAACCCAUUCCAAUGAACUGGAAUUCUUAAAGUCGCAAUUGGUGAGAUUUACAGCACAAACACAAAGCAAUGUCACGCUCUGUCUCAAGCUGUACGUACCGAUCUCUAUUUAUUUAUUGUUUUGCCAGUUGGGGGCAGCAGAACAAGCUGAAAAACACAAGACUUCCAUUUUGUCAUGAUGUAACAUCAUUAUUUACAAAUCCAACAAAGAGUAACAUCAGGAUUCAUGUUUGAAGUUCAGCUCAUCGACUAAAAGAGUAACUCUGGUAUGUUUCCACCUGCACCCUGUGUUCCCCAUGUUGUGUCUUAGUGACUGAUGAGGACAACCAAGUGGGUCCAGUAUUGAAGGAGAACUCUCCAGAUGCUAAAGGUGCUUCAACGCCAAUGUACGUUUGCUGAAAGAGUUUGUUUUCGCCGCUGACAGGCUCAGAAUGUCUGAAAACAUCCCAGAAAGAACCCGACAGAGAAAUGAAACCCUUUCCUUUGGGUUUGUUGUCUGAACAAGUCUCGCUCAAGGAAAAGUCUCGUUCUGCCGUCUCGCGUCAUGUCCACAAUGUAAAAUCUAGCUAAAUUAAUCAGCCGCAACAUUGAAAAUCUUUGAGCUAACACUUAGCUUUUGUGUCUGCAUCCAACCCAUCAAACUCUCAGUCGCGUUUCCUCUUAUGAGAUUUCAGAACGAGACUUCUCCUCCAGGAAGAUUUGAUGAGACACGACGUUAACAAACAGACCGCAUGAUGCCAAAGCAACAAAAAAAAGGGGGGGUUUUCUCUCUGGGAUUUCCAUAAUGUUGUCAGAUACUUCAACAAUCUGAGCAGUCAGUGGAAAAGAUUAGCACUUACGUACAAUACAUACAUUGAAGGUGAGGAGCUGCAAGCUGCAUCGUUCUCACUCGAUACCGGUCCAAUUUCAAACGGUUGUCCCCGUCGGUCACGUAGACACAAAAACAUCGGUUGAAAAUACUGAAGUUACACUUUGGAAAGAGAUGACAGUGUUGUGCCUUUAUUUUGCAUCUGCUGCCCACCAGUGGCCACACAAAUAUGUCAAUGCAUGUUUAAAUAACCGCGAUUGAAGUCUUUAUCUUUUUUUUGGCCAACUUUUCUGUUGAAAGCGUUUUGGAGCAUCUGCAAAGCGGGGCAGUUUGCUGAUGUCAGCUCACAGAGUUCCCUCGGACCAAAUCCCUUGUCGCUCUUGACCUAAUUCUUAUUAUGCUUAAUUUUUUGUAACUACAAAAGUCAUUCGCACAUCGCAUAUCGUUGAGAUACUCAGCUGUAUUUAUUAGAGGGUUCGACUUUUUAAGUUGUGCACUAAAACUAAAAAGGUAAUCUUCAAAGUGUAGCGGAACAAGUAUGUGCAUGCAGCUUCUUACUUAAGGGGACACGUGUUCAGCUUUUGAUGACAGCCAGUGUUUUGCUCAAGGGCACCGCCGUGACAGGCAGAGUACCUGUCUCAACCUGCCUUAUAUUCUCCUCUUUGGCUCCUUUGAGUUUUUCCAAUCGUCAUACAGAGGGAUAUGCUGAUGGCAAUGCUGUUGUCAUUCGGUAUUUCUCCCCCAAACAGCAACUCUUUAACAUUUCAAGCACAAAAGACUGAAUAAUAUUUUGUAUUAUAUUUCUAUCAAGCAGCAAAUAAAAAAUACAUACAUACAUACGUAGGAGUGACUGGAUGCCACUUUAAGGGGAAGUAAAUGUGCUGCAGACUGAACGGUGGAAUCACGAUCCCUGUCUGCACGUAUUGAUGUGUCAAAUGCUGCCCUGCUGUAAAUAUAUUAAUCCAACCCAGAUUUAAGCCCUCAAACAGACUGGGAGAAUGUAUUAUUCUUCUAUUUUUUACUUUAGUUGCAGUGAUGUAUAAUCACUGCAGGUCAAACAUGUUGUAUGCUUUUUUUUAUUUCAUGACAAUGCUUUUCUAAGUGCAUUUAAUGUGUUCAAAUGGUUUGUAUCAGCCUACAAGGGGCCAGUUAUACCUAUUGGUGUUGACAAUGUCUUUGUGUGUGUUUAAUUCAUUAUGUAAUGUUUUAGAAAACAUCGAUAUGGACCUAUCUAGCUAUCUGAAAGGAAGCGACACUAAAUACAUUUGUAUUACUUUGUUUCCGGGAUGUGACUCGCUCUUUUGAGGGAAAAGACUGCACAUUUCCCUUUUGACCAAACCUUAUACUUUAUGUGUAUGUAGGGUUAGCGUUGAUACUCAGUGAUAGAUUUUCAGAGCCUGUGUCUGUCUCAACGUUGUUUUAGCCAUCUGAAUCUCUUUGCAACCGGAUGACACACGUGAAGAUGUCGCUCAUGAGAUGUCCCCAUGCCACCUGUUGCCAUUUAGUAUUUACAGCAAGAGAACACUGCAAGUUGUGACAUGAUUAAUAUCUAUUAUAACAUAUGUCGAAGCACAUUUCAUGUGUGAGUGUAUAUGCAUGUAUAGCCAAUUUGUCCAUAUCUGAUAUUUUGAGUCUUUUUUGUUGUUUUUUGUUUAAACUAACUGCAAAUAAAUGAGAGAACUGCC